UUUAUCGCGAGAUCCGCCCCUUCCUAAGCGCAUAGGCAACCCCGUUCUUCCCUUUUCGUUCCGGCCUGCCGAAGAGCAAGAUGCCAGGAGUAACGGUGAAAGACGUCAACCAGCAAGAAUUUGUCAGAGCCCUUUCAGCUUUCCUCAAGAAGUCCGGAAAGCUAAAGGUGCCAGAAUGGGUUGACACCGUCAAGCUUGCCAAGCACAAAGAGUUAGCUCCAUAUGAUGAAAACUGGUUCUACACAAGAGCAGCUUCCACAGCUCGCCACCUCUACCUGCGAGGAGGAGUUGGUGUUGGAGCCAUGACUAAAAUCUAUGGUGGGCGCCAAAGAAAUGGUGUUUGUCCCAGCCACUUUAGCAGAGGUUCAAAAAAUGUGGCUCGAAGGGUUCUGCAAGCUCUGGAAGGUGUGAAGAUGGUUGAAAAAGACCCCAAUGGUGGUCGUAAACUGACUCCUCAGGGCCAGAGAGACUUGGACAGAAUUGCUGGACAGGUUGCAGCAGCAAACAAGAAGCAUUAGUUAUGUUGAUUAAAAAAAUACAAAAAUAAAUGUUUUUUCCAGUCUG